AUGAAGUUUGCCCUCCCUCUCCUCGCUGCCGCCUCCCUGGCCGCCGCCCAGAGCGGCAACCCUCUCAACGACAUCCCCAAGUGCGCUCAAGAUUGCGUCGGCAAGUUCCUCAGCGGUGCCAACAUUGCCGGCUGCAGCCUCGUCGACUACAACUGCAUCUGCAGCAACGAAAAGUUCAUUGACGACAUUGCUUGCUGCCUGGACCCCGUCUGCGACGACAAGGGCAAGUCCGACACCAUUGCCCUUGCCAACAAGCUCUGCAAGGCCUUCAAGGUCGACCUGCCCACCGCCGUCACCUGCAAGUCGUCGGCCGCCUCGUCGACCGCCGCCUCCGGCUCUGCUACCAGCUCGUCGGAUGCUGGCCAGACCACCUCGGCUGCUUCGUCCGGUGCUAGCAGCAGCAGUGCCAGCAGCGCUGGCGGCAGCGGUGCCGCCGCCUCGACCUCCAGCUCCAAGACCAAUGCCGCUCCCACCAACGUCGCCGGCAUUGUCGGUGCCGCCGCUGCCCUUGCCUUUGCUCUGUAA